GCGUGCUGUGAUAAGACAGUGCUUGUCUUCAGGCAACCACUACCAAGGCGAUACUACUUAUCAAUGAAGCCCUAUCCCGACAGGCAGACAGCGGCUAUUCUUCGGAAUUUUUCUGCUGACGUUGAAAGUAGGGUAAACUACAGGUGGUUUGAAAACAUGGAGGCUCGUACAUUUCAAAGAACACUGAAUGAACCCUGCUCUAACAGUGUACGUAAAAAGGAUUUUGCAGCACCACAUCCAAAAAGCUUUGUGGAAGCCAAUUACAACGGCUUCAGCUGUCUGGUUACGGGGCCUUUCGAACGCUGCGUUUCGAUUGGUCGCGGGCGAUGUGCGUAUUCUCCCUCGGCCACUGCGCGAGCUGCCUUCAGGCCACCAAUGGGGGCUUGCUCGGCUGCCGAAUUCACGCAUGCGCGUGCCAGAAAUUGCCUCUUCUCGCUCCCUAAGACAUCUGGGCUAUUUCGUAGCAAUCGGAAGUUUCUGUUUUGGGAACACAAGAUCGGGACGCCAGAAGACCGACAGGAUUAUAUACUGAUAUUUCCUUCCACUUUAGGUUGGGUUACGGGGACUCCAAUUUACGUCGCACUCAAGCUUGGAACACGAUCCGCCGUUGAUCAUGAUGCACUAAACGUUUCGGAUGAUGUGCUUAUUGAUAAAGACGUGAUACUAUUCAGUAGUAGAAGAAAAGGCCGAAAUGACUCAAAUCUAUUUUCCCUUACCUUUGAAAUAGUUUUUCCUAUCAAGCCACUCCUUCUCGUUUAUGUGCAUCUAUCAGACUGUCAGAGCGAACAUUAUUUUCAGUACCUCAUAAAGGACGCAGAAAUUCAGCAAGACCGCCAUCCAGCUCUAUUGCGCACGCCAAGAGAAAUGUCAGUAAUGCUUAUUGACACACAAGGUCUUCAUACGCCACUGCCAUUUCUUCUGCUCUCUAUCUUCUUGGGAAGUCUUUAUUUGGUGCUUUUCAUAGCGUUUCUCAUGCUAUGUUUAUGCAAACCCAAACGCCGGCAAUUUAUUGUACCAGCACUGCUGUUUCAGAGCUCCGUUCCGUUAAAUUCACGUGCCUCCUCACUUUCAUCAGCUCUCACAGAAGCUGCGAAAUCGUCAACGUCUGCAUUGGUGAUGGAAGAUGCAAGUCUCUACUCUUCGCCUACCCGCGAGAACUCAACAGGCGUAGUUCAUUCCUCACGCCGUCUUCCUGCUACUGAUAGCAUUCCAACCUCAAGAAAAAUACUUAUUUUCCUUUAUGUUUGUUUCCGCGCGUUUACAAUAUUUCUCUUUACAUUCAGCGUUGGGCUAUCAGUCCUGCUAAGCAUUGAGUCAGAGUCAUUUAAAACACUUAUCUCAUGCGUACAAAAUGCGAAGGGUGAGAGAAUCAGAGAGUUGGUUGGUCAAGAAGCAAUACGACGAACUUUUCCUGCACAAAGUUCUCGAAGAACUGCGUCUCCAUGGUUGAAAGAGCUUCGGCAGAUAGAAAAAGCGUCCGACAUUGAACUGACCAGUCAGGUAAGUUUAAUUUUGAAAUGGCCAAAUAUGAUAUGCGCAUAUUUUCAGACAGCAAACUUUAUCAGGCAGACAUCGACAUGUGAAAUGCAAGAGUUGCGCGUCUCAGGCGAGGUGGGACUUUUGAUGGCUGAAGUUGCUAGUCUCGUCGCUACAAGGACCGAUAUCAACGUAUCCGGCAAUAGAUUGUCACCAAAUGACCCUCAAAAUUUUCUCCAUCACAUGGCUAUUGCAAACACAACAUGGGAUUACUUGGAGACUGAACACUGGAACCCGUACAACAUGUCUAUCCAACGCUAUAUGGAAGAUACAAGGGGGCUUCUUGACAAUCAAAUGGUUCAGCACUGGUCUCCAUAUACACUCUUACUUGAACGGAUGUUGGAAAAUCCUUGGUUGGCAACUGCACGCAGAGCUAUGAAUGCCACGAAUGAGGCACUUCAGAGCCCUGAACUUGGGCGUUUCAGUGUGCGCUCGCCUUCAGCAUCGGGGUAUUUUGCUGUACUAACUCCAGCUGAUCCGCGAGAGGUGGAAGCCCUCACUUUUGCAGGAUUUCUCGGUAUUCCGCAGCCCGCUAACGCCCGUUAUGCCGAAGCUCGAAUGUGGAAUAGCCUUCGCCAAAAUGUGCAUACACUGAAACUUCUCCGAUACUUUGAAAAUGUCAAGACUAUGGAAUCGUCAGCAUUCUUGCCUCAAGCUGCUGGGCUUAUCCAUUCCCCAGAUCCUUUCAAAUACUACACUUACAGUGAAAACUUCACAGCAGACGACUUUGAUGCUAUACCCCCGAAUUUGGCAGCAGGCAUAUUACGGGAACAAGCACACCAGCGUAGUUUAACACCUAUCCCAGCAACUAAGAAUACAAAUGAAGCUUCUUCGCUGCGUGAAUGGAUAAAUAUAGCUUAUCUACGAGUCUUUCUACUAGUUCUGGAUGCUUAUUUAAUUGUUUCACGAUUUUAUUCUGCAUGCCGCAAUUUCUGUGCUCUUUGGCUCGGCAAACGCCGACGGGUGUAUCACAACACAAGCCAAAGGUCAACUGGUCCAUCCAAAAGGCAGACGCCAAACGAGCAUUGCAAUGACGCCCUCUUAUUGACGAGUAGUGAAACAGAGCAUACAAAUUCGCCUAACGAAUUGCACCCGCCUGCAUCCCCAACCGCGUGUCCCACAGAAAACACUGCUCAAAAUAUUAUUACACCGAAUCGACCGCCAUCCUUUGAUGGGUCAGGUGAUCAGGGCCCAAACCUUUUCUCAAAUCACACCGAGUUUAAAUUGUGUACACCUACCGGGAACCCUGUGUACUGCUCCUUUGACCGAGUGCUCUUCAGUUAUUUCCAUGCCUAUGCCUCAGAUGUGGCUAUGAAUUCGCAUCAUGAUCGUGCCGGCAACAGCGCGUAUGCCCCCAACACUCUUCCGCGCCAUACGAUCACCGCAAAUGAGUUGAGCAACGACCCAGAGGCGGCCGAUUUUACUGGAUUUAGUCGACGAGGAAGUCUUCCAGCUUGCUGCUGUUGCCUUGAUUUCCACUAUUUACUGAUCCUCUUUGGAAUCUGCCUCAUGAUUACCGGUUUAGUAAUUAGCACUGGCGCUGGAAAAGGACUGGAAAGGUCACUGCGAACUUCAAAAUCUUCAAAAUGCUUUAGAAGUGCCCUUCUUUCACGAGUGGAGGCAAUGGACGAUUACAGGCGUCACAUGCGAACUAUGGUCCAUUACGUCCAACUUAACUAUCUCAACUCUCAACGACUUCCCCUGGAACGCAACAAAGCUACGAGACAACUCAGGCGAUUGCAAAGAAUCCAACAUUGGUUGUACUAUGAAAAGCUUAUUACAUCUUCUUCUGCAGAUGCUCUCAACGCCACCCUCAAUACUCGAGAAAGGCACACAAUUUUAGGGACAGAAAGAUCAGUGAACAUACUAUCGGAGCAGGAGCUACGCCAGCUUCAUCAAAUGUUUUUUAAAAACUCUGCUUUUGCUGCUUUUCUCACAAGUCUCUAUCGCCUCCUUUUUACGACUCUUCUUCUCUCAAUGUGCGUCUGCUGGUUACUUGCCUGCAAACACCUGAUUAUGCAGAUGGCGACACGCACUGUGGCCGUUGUUACGAGUAGGGUGACUGUAAUCUCACCCUGUCCUCCAGAGAUCCGACGAAUUGAAACAUUCAUUCACUCUUCGGACAGCUCUCUUUCCUUUCACCGCCCUGCUGCUGAAAGUGUCGCUUCAACUCGACUCAAUAUAUGGCACUUUGAUGACGAUCCCUCGGAAGACCUUCAGGAUCCUCACUAUCCUCCAACCCUGAGUUCCGUCCCACAGAUGUCCAAGCAUUCAGCUCCUUCAGCGCUUACGUCGUCAGUAUCUUGUAAAAAAUCAAAGAAACAUUUUCAUCUCAAGGGAAAGUCGAUUCAGACAAAAACCCAAACUGAUUCUGCAGAGUCGCAAGUGUAA